AUGGAGAUUUUAAUCUCUGUGAUCUUACUGUUCGUGGGGAUUGUUGUUUUAGUGGUAAUUCAUGUUUGUAUUGUUGGGAGAGCAUUCAACAGAGCCAAUAAUCAAGGUGUUAAUCUGGUUCAAAGAAGCAGCAUUUUUGGGAUCAGAAGGAUGUCCAACGAGGAACUCAACAUGCUGCCUUGCUUCGACUACAAGGCAGAAGAGAAAGGGACUACUACUAGCCCUGGGGAUUGUGCAGUUUGCUUGGAAAGUUUCAAGGGAGGUGAAAAAUGCAGGUUGCUGCCAAAUUGCAAGCACAGCUUCCAUGCUCAAUGCAUAGAUUCAUGGCUGCUCAAGACUCCUGUUUGUCCGGUGUGUCGGACUUGUGCUAAAACUCCAAAGAUUGAUGUGAGUUUGGGAGGGGAAAGCAGCGUUUCGGGCGCAAUCGAAAUGUCGUAG